CUCCUCUGCAUCGAAAUGACCAAGAAGAGAAGGAACAACGGCCGUGCCAAGAAGGGCAGAGGCCAUGUCCAGCCUAUCCGCUGCACCAACUGUGCUUGCUGCAUCUCCAAGGACAAGGCCAUUAAGAAGUUUGUCAUCAGAAACAUUGUAGAAGCAGCUGCAGUCCAAGAUAUCUCUGAAGCUAGUGUCUUUGCUUCGUAUGUGCUGCCCAAGCUCUAUGUAAAGCUUCAUUAUUGUGUGAGCUGUGCCAUCCACAGAAAGGUAACGAGGAACCGUUCCCGUGAGGCCCGGAAGGACCGUACCCCUCCACCCCGGUUCAGAACUGCAGGUGCUGCACUGAGACCACCCCCCAAGCCUAUGUAAGGAAUUUGCCUGAGUGAUGUAAAUGUUUAACAUUGACUCAAUAAAUUACUUUCCA